GAGUGCGGUAGUGUUGUGUUGAAGCAGUGACGCCGUUUGUUGUUUAGUGUGAUCGUUUUGUUGUUUUCCUGCUCUGCUAGCUAAACCAACUUGCUGCAGCAAACGUGUGCUGUCGCUGUGCUGUGCAUCGUAUUUCAUUCGCUGUAGAGACUUCCAAUUCAGCCGUUUUUGUUUUUGGUUGGUGGCUUAGUUUAGAUCGAGUUCUUCGCCAGUCAGUGAGGAGAAGUUUCCUUUCACCUAUUUGUUCGUCAGCGUAUUUGAUUUUACAACUUGCAAAGCAGUCUGCUACGAGGGGAUUAUCAACGUGAGAGCUGAUUAGAGUGUUGAAAGGCUGUACUGUGCAUUCUACUGAGUGUGGUUCAAUUAGGACACGUUGUGCUAACAAACAAAAUCGCAGGAUCUUUCUGGCAAAGCAAGAUUUAGGAAUCAUCCCCCGGGCCUAGCAAAGGCUACCGCUUUCCCGCGCGAUGGGAUGCGACUGUGAAUCAUGCAUAGCAAAAUCGCUACUAUCACUGUUCAAUUUUGUGUUCUUCGUUCUCGGAUCCAUCGUUCUUGGCGUAGGAAUAUGGCUGGCUGCGGACAAAUCAUCAUUCAUAGCACUACUGAAAAUGGUUGAAACUGACCAGUUGGAGCACUUCACGCAACCGGCUGUGAUAGAACAGCUGGCAUAUUUGCUGAUUGUGAUUGGAGCGGUGAUGUUUUUCCUCAGCUUCCUCGGAUACUGCGGAGCGUUGCGCGAAAGUCAGUGCCUUUUGACUACGUAUGGCUUGUUCCUGCUGGUGAUAUUGAUACUAGAGGUAACGGCCUGCGGCCUAGCGGUGGCAUACAAGGACCGCGCCAAGACGGAGACCAAGAACUACCUUCAGACCACCAUUUCCAAGUACUACUCGAGCAACGACCGCAACCAAUCCGACGCCGUAACGCUAAUGUGGAAUUAUCUGAUGUCCGAGAUGCACUGCUGCGGGGUAGAGGACUAUCGGGACUUUAGUCUGUCGGACAAGUGGAACGAGAGCAAGGGCAACCGGGUUGUACCGGAGGCAUGCUGCAUACAAUCGGCCUUGUUCGAGCCUCAGGACAAAAACUGUCCCGUCUCGCCGUCGGACAGUAACAGCUACUACAAGCAGGGUUGUUACAACGCAUUAAUCGACUGGAUCAUGUACAACCGGAAUCUGGUUAUCAUCGUGGCCAUUGGGGUAGGACUGGUGCAACUCGUUGCGAUAUUCCUGGCAUUUUGCCUCUGUAAAUCGAUUGAAAAAUAUCGGGGAAUGCGACUAUAAGAAGCGUUUAGAGUAGACGUAGAAUCAAAACACGGACAAAAAUUUUCAACCAAACACAAUUCUCGAAUACCGUUAGAGACAUAAAUGCAUCGCAGAAAAAAUCACACAACGUUCAAAAGAUUUAAAACAUUAGAUCGGUAAGAAAGAGAAAAGCAAAACGUUUCGAUCGGUAAAUGUUGAUCGAACGCACAAGUGCACUUUAGGCCGAAGACAGAGCCAUCGUUAAGACGAUCGGUACAAAUACUUGAGACAGUCAUUCACAAACCUAGAGGAUAAGUUUCGACGGAAGUGACUGAACGCUUCCCAUUUUGGAAGAAAUUUACGUUUUAAUUCGCCUAAAAUGCUUUAAAGUCUGUAAAAAAAGCAGUAAACUUGUUUUUAUGUUCAUGCUUUAUUGACCAAUAAUACAUAAGUUGUGAAAUAUGACUUCGACUAUUCGAUCUUACAGUUACGACAAUCGAUUGUUUUUUGUUUAUCUGUUAAGGAAAUAAAUACAAUAAUUUAAUAAGAUU